CGCGCGGGUUUGUGAGCAGCGGCCUGGUGCGCGCGCUGGGCCGGCGAAAGAGGCAGACGGACGCAUACGCCGCCGGAGUCGAAACCAGAGCAGGAAUCUCUGCUGCUGAGGGGCCGCCGCGAGCCCCUGGAGCGACCCCAGGCCGAGGAGGGCGCCGCGCGACUUGGCAAGAUGACUCAGUUCCUGCCGCCCAAUCUUCUGGCCCUGUUUGCCCCCCGGGACCCCAUCCCAUACCUGCCACCCCUGGAGAAACUGCCACAUGAGAAGCAUCACAAUCAACCUUAUUGUGGCAUUGCGCCCUACAUCCGAGAGUUUGAGGACCCUCGAGAUGCCCCUCCUCCAACUCGUGCAGAGACCCGGGAGGAACGCAUGGAGAGGAAGAGACGAGAAAAGAUUGAACGGCGACAGCAGGAGGUGGAGACGGAGCUAAAAAUGUGGGACCCUCACAAUGACCCCAAUGCUCAGGGUGAUGCUUUCAAGACACUGUUCGUGGCGAGAGUGAACUAUGACACAACAGAAUCCAAGCUACGGAGAGAAUUUGAGGUGUAUGGACCCAUCAAAAGAAUACACAUGGUCUAUAGCAAGCGGUCGGGGAAGCCUCGCGGCUACGCCUUCAUCGAGUAUGAGCAUGAACGGGACAUGCACUCCGCUUACAAGCACGCAGACGGCAAGAAGAUUGAUGGCAGGAGGGUCCUCGUGGACGUGGAGAGGGGCCGGACUGUGAAGGGCUGGCGGCCCCGGAGGCUGGGAGGUGGCCUAGGUGGUACCAGAAGAGGCGGGGCCGACGUGAACAUCAGGCACUCGGGCCGCGACGACACGUCCCGCUACGAUGAGAGGCCCGGCCCCUCCCCGCUUCCCCACAGGGACCGGGACCGGGACCGCGAGCGGGAGCGCAGAGAGCGGAGCCGCGAGCGAGACAAGGAACGGGAACGACGCCGCUCCCGCUCUCGGGACCGGCGGCGGCGCUCACGGAGUCGUGACAAAGAGGAACGGCGGCGCUCCAGGGAGCGCAGCAAGGACAAGGACCGGGAACGGAAGCGGCGAAGCAGCCGGAGCCGCGAGAGGGCACGGCGGGAGCGGGAGCGCAAGGAGGAGCUGCGCGGUGGUGGAGGUGGUGGUGACAUUGCGGAGCCAUCUGAAGCCGGUGACGCACCUCCUGAUGAUGGGCCUCCUGGGGAGCUAGGUCCUGAUGGUCCCGAUGGUCCAGAGGAGAAGGGCAGGGAUCGUGACCGGGAACGACGUCGGAGCCACCGGAGCGAGCGGGAACGGCGCCGGGAUCGCGAUCGUGACCGGGAUCGAGAGCACAAGCGGGGGGAGCGGGGUAGUGAGCGGGGCAGGGAUGAGGCUCGAGGUGGGGGGGGUGGCAGCGGCCAGGACAACGGGCUGGAGGGUCUGGGCAACGAUGGCCGAGACAUGUACAUGGAGUCUGAGGCAGGCGACGGGUACCUGGCUCCAGAGAACGGGUAUUUGAUGGAGGCUGCACCAGAGUGAAGAGGCCACCUGUUUUGUUGGGACGUGUUCCUACCUGCCCCUGCUGUCAUUCUCUUUCCCCUAGGCCUGUUGGCCACGUGAAUACACCGGCCAACGGUAGGAGUCUCAUCAUUUGUUCUGGCCCUUGGGAUUUAAAAAAUAAAGUUAAUUUCCUGUUAAUAGUGG